AUCGCUUUCCUUGUCUUCCACGGCUUUGACUCGAGCCGAAGACGUCCCUAAGUCAGCGCCUAUGCUGUGUCGCUCGUACUGCUCUUUGCCGCUUUUGAGUCAUGUUGCGGUAAGCCCGUAGCAGUCUUGUUGACUCCCGGGGCAAGCGUUCGUACGUACGAGGGUCAACUUAUUGGUUGCUUCAUCUCCGCCACAGACCAACGACCGUAAGCCUGGGAUUUAUCAUGAUGCCUGUUUCCAGCGAUGGCCAGUCACCCCUUUGUAUUUAAGCCAUCCUGAAUUCUAUCUUCUGCCGAAUUGAUUGUCCGUGCAAUAGAACAAGCCUAAUCUUCCUUUGACAACCAAAUCAACCAACUCAAUUCUAUACAAAAGUAACCAGACAGAUCAGAAAUGGCUUUCCAAAGUCUCCUUCCACCAACAGCCAAACGACCCAAGUCACAAAUGCGUUGGCCUGGUCCAUCCAAACAAUUAUUCCACGCGGUUCGACAGUCGUGUUCCAUCUCGACAUGGCUUCUACUUGGAGCCCUUCUGCAAUCCCUCGUGGUCUUCAUCAUUCCGCGCUUCUAUGCCAUGCUCCCAUCCAUCCUGAUCCUUGGCGCACGCCUCGCCGACACACUGGCGAUCACAUGGGGUUGGAAGAAGAACCCCUAUCUCGAGGGAGCCUUUUUACACAGAACAUCACCGCAAAUCCCCGAUGAGGACGGCAACUUCCAUGCCGAACCGUCGUCCGAAAAGGUCGUGGUCUUCAUGCUGGGCUUCAAGUCCAACCACCCCCUGGGCAUCUUCGCCCCGCACGUCAAAGAGGUCGGCGACUCCUUCACCCACAUGAUCAGCGAGUUGGAAAAGGCCGGGCCGGACUCAGGAUACUAUGGCGGCUCGGCAUGGACAAGCCAGGACAAGAACGGUGCCACGGAGAACUUGAUCCUCUCAUACUGGCGGUCGACGGAGGAUGUGCACCGGUACGCAUACAGUCCCCUGCACCGGGAGACCUGGGACUGGUGGAACAAGCACAUCAAAGAGGUCGACCAUAUCGGGAUCAACCAUGAGAUCUUCGAGGUCGAGAAGAAGCAUUGGGAGGCGAUCUAUGUGAAUUUCCAGCCCACAUUGCUUGGCGCCACGACGUAUCUGAGAAAAGGGGACAAGCUGAUCGGUGGCACGGUCGAGGAUCAAUGGAUCUCGCCACUGGUUGAUGCACGCAGGGGAAAGUUAAGGAGCAGUGCGGGAAGACUGGGACGGGACCCUAGGGAAUUGUAUGAGCAGUUUGAGGUCAAGGAGGAGCAGGUCAUGUAUCCGUGAGCGAAUGGGCUCGUGGUGAAAGGAGUCAAGGAUGAACUGAAGCGUAGAAAUUUAUGGUUGUGCGUAGCGGCAUUCAGGUGGGCAUGGUAAAUAUGGACUGAUGGCUGUACACAGCAUGUUAACAUCGCGAUGAGACGAGAUAG